AUGCCCUUGAUUACUUUUAAUCGGAAGUUCUUCUGCGUGUUUGCUGCGAGUUGUAUUGUGGCAGCAUACCUUAGGCCUCAGUACUGAUUCAAAACUUUCAUUAAUAACGUCAGAUCAUGAUAAACUGGCUCAUCUGUUGGUCUUCUGCAUCGAGUCGUGGCUGUUUGCCAAAAUGAUAUCUUCGCCAACUGUGGAGCUAGGUCAGCUGGUGUCCUAUGUACGUUUUGGUGGUCAUAACAGUGUCGUCACGGACACGCCUGCAUUGUGGCGUGUCGAUAAGCACGCUUUGUGCGUGUUUAUUUGCACGAUUUGUGGUGGCAUUGGGAGUGAGUUUAUGCAAAGCAUUCUCUCUGGCGGAAAGCGCAAGUUUGAUCCCCGCGAUAUCCUGUGCAACAUCGUGGGUAGUCUUGUGGGCAUCGCGGCUUCCUACUUUAACAUCCUGUAA